AUGGAUAGCGCAAGUGCUCAUUCCAAGUUGGCAAAGCCUGACAACGUCAAAAUUGGUUAUUACUGUCCUAGCUAUGAAUUGAUGAGUGAAUAUCAAGUUCAUGAUUUUCGUAAAAGUGUUGAGUCAAGAUACAAUGUGACAUUACCUGAUUACAAAAGUCUUCAUAGAUGGAGCUGUGAUAACUACUCAGACUUCUGGGAACACUUGAUGGAGUACACUAACAUCUACUUAGGUAACCGUUACAGCCAGGUGAUCGAUCUCAAAAAGUCAAUUGCUGACUUCCCAUGUUGGUUUGAAGGAUCUACAUUGAACUAUACUGAGAACAUCAUUGAACGCGGUGAAGCUUCUCGAGUUGCUAUUGUUUCAGUCCAGUUCAUCAAUGAGGCCAUGGUUCUCACAGAGAAAACUUAUAGUGAGCUUCGUAAAGAUGUAUACUGCUUAGCUAGUUCUCUCCGUGAAAUGGGAUUGAAAGUUGGAGAUCACGUCUGUGGGUAUUUGCCAAAUACCUAUUUCACAACUAUUGCCAUGUUUGCUACCGCUGCUAUUGGAGCAGUCUGGUGUUCCGCUUCUGUCGAUUUCGGUCCAAAUGGAGUUUUAGAUCGCUUCAAGCAGGUGAAACCAAGAGUUCUCUUUGCUGUGUCUUCUGUUACGUACAAACGUAAACGUUUUGAUCUGACCGAUAAGUUGAAGCAAAUAGUAGAAGGUCUGCCUUCUUUGGAAAAAGUCAUUGUUAACCACUGUGAUGAAUAUAAAGUUGAUCAUGCGAGAUACAACAAUGAAAAACUGUUUGUUAACAUGGAUGAGUUCAUCGUAAAACCAGACACUGGUCAUCCAUUGACUUUCAUCUACGAGAGAGUCCCAUUCAAUCAUCCUCUCUUCGUUAUGUUCUCAAGUGGAACAACUGGACUUCCAAAAGGAAUUGUUCAUUCACAUGGAGGAACUUUAUUAAAACACGUUGAAGAGCAUAUCCUUCAAGGAGACAGUAGUGAAAAUGAUCGAAUGCUUUUCUACACUACCUGUGGCUGGAUGAUGUGGAAUUGGACAAUGAGUUUCUUGUUCUGUGGAGGAUCUUUGGUUUUAUACGAUGAGAGCCCUCUGGAGCCUGAUACUCAUGUUCUCAUCAAGAUUGCUGUGGCUACUAAAUCAACUGUAAUUGGUAUGGGAGCCAAGUUGUACGAUGAAUACACCAGACUGAAAAUUGACUUCCAAAGUAUGUACGAUCUCAGUAAGCUUCGCUUGGUUUAUUCUACCGGCUCACCUUUGAAAUCAGCCACUUUCGAAUUCAUAAACCUCUGUAUUAAACCUGGAGUACUCAUUGGCUCUAUAUCUGGAGGAACAGACAUUAUUGGAUGCUUUAUGGGAUCAAGUCCUACAUUACGUGUUUAUCCUGGCGAGUGCCAAUGCCUUUACCUUGGAAUGGACAUCGUUGCUUUCGAUCCUGAGGGAAAGUCUGUUGAAGAUGAACAAGGAGAAUUAAUCUGUCUCACUCCUUUCCCAUCAAUGCCUACUCAUUUCAUCAACGAUGAAAACUUCGCCAAGUAUAAGAAAGCUUAUUUCCAGAGAUUCCCUAAUGUCUGGGCUCAUGGCGAUUUCUGCCAGAUAAACAGUGAAACUGGAGGCGUUGUUAUGCUUGGAAGGAGUGAUGCCACUCUCAACCGUGGAGGUGUUCGCAUCGGAACAGCUGAGAUCUACGCCGUUGUUGAAACCUUCGAUGAGAUUGAAGAUAGUAUAGUUGCAGGCCAGCAAAUUCCACAAAAAGAAGAUGAAGACAUCGUUCUCUUUGUGAAAAUGGCCAAUGGAAAGCUUCUUGAUGAUGUUUUAAGGAAAUCAAUUUGUGCUUCUAUUCGCACAAUGAUGUCCCCACGUCACGUUCCAAAUAAUAUAUUCUCAGUAAAUGACAUUCCGUACACAAACUCUGGAAAAAAGGUUGAAAUAGCAAUUAAGCAAGUAAUCAAUGGCGCGGAGGCUGAACAAACAUCCUCCAUUCGCAACCCAGAGUGCUUAGCUCUUUAUCGCAACUUUGUGCAAUCAACUAAAGCGAAUUGA